AUGGCUCCCCGCAAAAGUGACCGAGUUCCGGAUGCAUUUGAAGCCAUCGGUUCGUCGGCCAACCCUAACCGCACCUCUAGGGAAGGACAGGAGCUUCCUACCGACGUGGUGAAAUACCUACGUUUCACAAAUGUCCCACCAGCCAUUGCAGAAAGGACCUUUCAUGCUAGGACUUCAAGUACCAACUAG